ACUGUUCAGCACUCCCGAAGCCUUAUUAGACAGGGUGCCGGCGGCCACUUGGCUGGUAGAAUCCUUAGUGUGAUCAUCGCGAUCGAACCGCGACGAUCGCGAGUCACCGAUAGAUAGAUACGCGCUCCUUCGAUCCAAGGAAUAUCAUGAAUUUGGCAACGAUGGUGAGACUGGGGUACGUUAUGGUGAUCGUCACACUGAUUCUAAUGACGUGGGCGUCCGUGGUCAGGAUGCAUGAAUUGCCCGUGCAGUAUCCGCCGUGCUUCUUCAACCCCCUGUGCACUUGCUCGAAAGCCAUCCCCGAUCUCGGUAUAGUCACCUGUUACAACGUUCCCAUGCCGCGGAUACCUCAGCCAAUCAACUCCUCGAAGGUGUUCAUGCUGCAAUUGGAGAACAAUGGACUGAUGUUUCUGCAGCCGCAAUUUCUCAUGAACACAGGUCUCUACAACCUACGGAUCAAGCAUAAUCCCCUGGCCGACAUCCCGGACGAAGCUUUCCUAGGGCUUGAGAGAUCGUUAUGGGAGCUCGAAUUACCCUACAAUCGCCUCGAGAGGGUGCCCAGCAGGUCGUUCAGGCAUUUGCAGAAGUUGCAACUUCUCGAUCUGACAGGCAACAAGAUAUCCAAGAUAGCAUCGGAUAACUGGCGAGGCCUGGAGAAUUCUCUGCAGAAGCUGCGACUGGGGCGAAACGCUAUCGACAGACUUCCAGCUGACGCGUUCGCUGGCCUCACGUACUUGGACAUGCUCGAUCUGAGGGAGAACAACCUGAAGGAGAUCGAUCCUUCGGUGUUCAGGGACGGCAUGGCUCAUCUGGUGCAUUUCUACCUAAAUGGAAAUCAACUGCCCAACAUCCCCUACUCGCAGCUGUCGUCCUUGAAGAGAAUAAAGAUCCUCGAUCUGAGCUACAACAGGAUCUCCAGGAUGCUGAACCCUCAGCAGGAGCCAGAGAUCAGGGGGCUUCAACUGUCCUUGGAUACUCUGAGGCUGGACUACAAUCAGAUCGAAGUUCUCAUGCCUGGUGACUUUCAGCACUUUUUCAAGGUCAACAGGACUUACCUCGACGGGAAUCCUCUGAGCUUGAUCGAGGAGGGCGCAUUCAGGGACUCGAGGAUACGAGAACUCUACUUCACCGAUUGCGACCUAAUGGAUGUCGAUUCCGCGGACUUUGCAGGCCUGGAAUCGUCCUUGGAACUGCUAGAUCUCUCUGGAAACAAUAUCACCGCUCUUCCGAACCCCAUCUUCCAGGAAUACGAUUUUCUGCGGACUCUCAGUUUCCGCGAAAACAAGAUCCAGACCUUCUCUCCAGUGGAGGUGUUCAACGGUUUCCAAUACUCCCUGUACAAUCUGGACCUGAGCGGGAAGGAGAACAGCGUGGUGUCCCUUCAGGAUCUAAGACAGAUGAGGAACAUGCGAUUCCUUUCGAUCUCGAAGAUGCCACAGUCGACACUAUCCCCGGAGGAUUUCAUGGAGUACGGAAUGGAUAUCAAGGAGCUUCACAUCGUUAAGAGCAAUUUGAACACCAUCAAGAGCCACGCUUUCAUGCACGUUCGAGGGAUCAAGUACCUAGAUUUCUCAGAGAACGCCAUCUCAUCGAUAGAGAACGAGGCCUUCUCGGAGGUGGGUCAUUCUCUUCUGACGUUAAGAAUGUCUCACGGCCUGUCAUCUUCCUUCUCCGAGAUACCGAACUCACCCUUCAAGUUCCUGACGAAUCUGCAACAUCUGGACUUCAGCAACAACAAAAUUAAAUCCAUGCCAGACACGUCGUUCCAUUUCAUGAAGAGGAUCAAACGAAUCGAGUUGCAGGAUAACGAAAUCGAUAGCAUCAGAAAGGGCACGUUCCAGGGUGACAUACAUUCGUCCCUCGAGGAAGUGAAUUUCGCGUUCAACAAGAUCAAAACAAUUCAAACCCACACGUUCGUCGACCUGCCCAGAUUAUCGACGAUAAAUUUAGAGGAUAACGCUAUAGAUAUAAUCGAAAGACGAGGGUUUAUGAAUAUGAAGCUGCUCAAGUACAUUAACCUGCGUGGCAACAAAAUAAAGAACAUCACGGACGAAGCAUUCCAGAAUCUGCCGGAUUUAGAGUUCCUCGACCUCGCGUACAACGAUCUGAGCGAGUUCGAUUUUGCCUCGUUCGAUCAAGUGGGAACACUGUCCUCGUUCAAAGUCAACGCAAGCCACAACGAGAUCCCAAAACUUUCGAUUAAUAGCACCACGUUUACGCCUGCUACCACCAUUGGUGGCUCGAUACAGUCAAACAUCAAGGUCCUCGACCUUAGCUACAACAACAUCUCGGACAUAAUGAAGUACUACUUCAAACCAGUGGAGUACUCGUUAACACACCUGCACAUGUCCCACAACCAACUGACCAACGUCACCCAAGGUGUCUUCGGGAACAUGCCUCACCUGCAGUGGCUCGAUCUGAGCCACAACGACCUAUUGGAGAUCGACUUCGACUGCUUCAGGAACACGAAGAACAUCCAGGUCCUGUUCCUCUCGUGGAACGAGCUCAUGGAGUUACCAGCUGAAGCUUUCAGGCCCCUGAAGAAGCUGAGGAUCAUCGACCUCUCCCACAACAAAAUGAGAACACUGCCUGACAGCAUGUUCUUGGACACGAACAUCGAGAGCCUGGAUCUUUCUCAUAAUCAGUUCAUGAGACUGCCAAUGAAGGCCUUUUCAAUUUCCGCUGCUGCGAGUCUCUCCAUGCUGGACAUGUCUUGGAACUCGCUGUCGGGGAUUCACACCACCGACGGCGUAUUCAGAUUACGAAGUUUAACGUGGCUAGACCUGUCCUACAAUCGAUUGAUCAGGCUCGACGAUGGGCUGUUCUCCGACAUGAACUACCUGACUCAUCUCGACUUGAGUCACAACAAACAGCUGCUCCUGGAGUCUCGCGGAAGAACAUUCCACGGUUUAGAGGACUCGCUCCUUUAUCUAGAUUUGAGCAAUAUUUCGCUCUUGAGUGUGCCAGACUUGCCGCUGCGACGACUACAAACGUUGUACCUGGCGCACAACGAGCUGGCAUCGAUACCGCCAGAGAUGGCAUCGAACUUGACGUCCCUACAUUACCUGGACCUGAGUGCCAACGAUCUGACGGUGGUGCCACUGAUCACGCACACCCUCCCCGAACUGAAAACCUUCAGUCUCGCGGACAAUCCCAUCACAGCUGUCACCAACACUAGUUUCUUAGGAAUCGCCGACAGCCUCGAGGAACUGGACAUAAGACGGUUGUCUCUGUCGACGUUUGAAUCAGGCGCACUCUGCAAAGCCACCAAACUUCGCAAGCUAUAUAUAACCGCUUACAACGGCGUGAAGAAUUUCAACUUCCCCAACAUCUUAGAAUACAACCAUGGCCUGAGGCAUCUAGUCAUCGACGUACAAAAUGACACGGAUCUGGAGAAAGAGAUGAAAGGAAAGUUCCCUUACAAAUUGUUCAACAUAACGUUGACCGGUCGAGCUCUGAAGAACAUACACAUAGAUAUACUACGAGGAAUAAGGAAUCCACACUUGAAUUUCGGGAUGUACAAUACCAGCGUGGGUAGCGUACCGAAGAUGAUGUUCGAGAACGCGGAAUGGGUGAGAAACGUAACCGUUCAUCUUCAUCACAGCGACGUACGGACGCUCCAUAAUCCCUCGAAUGGGUACAAACCGGGAGUUCCUGGGAAACGGUUUCUGAUGAAGCUCACGGUGACAGGAAGUUACUUCACUUGCGACUGCGAUAUUGGAUGGAUGGAAACAUGGCAAAGGAAGCACAGACAGUACCAAGAGGACCGGUGCAGCACUUACAGCGAGUUUAAGAAUUUCGAAAGGGACGAAGAGGACGACGAGUUCGACUGCUGGAACAAUAACUGGGACGACGAUCUCCGUGAAACGUUUUGCAUGAACAAAAACAACAUUUCCGUGCUGGAAGCACUGAAAGAUGAUCUAGAGUGCGGGUGGGGUGGGGCUGGAUACGUCGGAGCUUCUCAUCGUCUCGCUCUGCUUUGCGGCGUCGUCCUCGCGGCAGCGAUUUACUGAGACAAAUCUUCGUGUACUCGAAUUUCACACUUUUCGGCUCGGUCACCGUUCUUUUCCUCACGACGCACCGGUGCCUCGAAAUGCAAAUGUUCCAGUGCAGUAUUUGUUUAUUUCAUUUUUAAACAGAAAAGACAUCGUAGACGGUACAAACAUCAUCAUUAGAAAUCAUAAACGUUUCGAGCUCUGAUAGAAUUUAAAAGUUCUAAACGUCUAUUAUUACAGAUAAUAAUGUUUUUCAAAGAACAAUUUUGUAUUAGACGUGUGUACAAUUUGAAAUUGUUAAUUUUCGUUUUCAACAACCAAAGAACACAGAUGUGAUUGCGUUUGUUUAUGGUGACAAGAAUAUUGUACAACGACGUGCAAAACUCAUCAGAUAAUUGCGUCUCUAGUUCUACUACGAAGAAAGAAAUAUUUCUUCUGAAUAAAUAAAAGGUUUUUCUGUAUUAUUCUAAAGCGAAGCUCGAGAAGGCACCCUUUGGAAAUAUUUGCACGCCGCUGUACGCGAGAAGCCAUUGAAUAAUCAUAAUGUAAUAUUAAAUCAUUUCAGCGAUGUGUACGUAUAUACCAACGUAUUCGGAUUUACUUAGCGAUAAGUAUCAGUAUUUAUAAGUAGCGGUAGUUUACUUAUUCACAGGUAAUUUUAAUAACCUUCGAGUAUAGUGACUCGGUGAUAUCCAUUUAUCAUUCUCGACGAUGAUUUUAGUUAUCGAUGCUCAUGAUGCGGUCAUUGCUUAACCCUAGGAGCAUUUCUGGGAUCUUUACUGAUUCUAGUCUAUUCAUAUGAACACGAUAAAAGGUACAUUAACAUGAUAUUAUAAUUAUGAAAGUAUAAAAGAAGUUAUAUUAGAAGUAUAUAAAGGUCGUAAAAGACCCAAAAGGGAUAUGGAAAGACUGCAGAAAUUAUCCUAGGGUUUACGCUAUUCGCACAAACGUGAUCACAUCCACGAUCGUUGUUUCAACGACAUUCCCAACUUUUUUCCACGAAAUAGUUUCUAUACUUGCAUCCUAAUCCGACGCGUCGUUGAGAAAAUGAAGUUUCUGCACAUCCCUUCGUUUCUUCGCCUUGAGCAGCACGCUUCAAAUCAAUGAGACUGUCAAAUGAAUAUUCAGAUACUCGUACAAAGUGUAAAUCGUCGGAAUCAGCAGGAAUUGAGGUUUCACUCACUUCGUAGUAAUUAGUUAAUCUUCUUGGGAUCGUUGUAUAAAAGUAACACAGUAGCGUCGUACUCGACUCCUCGUUUCCUUCGCGCCAUAUUGUCGUUGAAUUAAGACCUCGUGAACAUAAAAGUAUAUCCAUACUAAUACGUAUUUUUACAGCGACAAAUGGGUAUUGAUUUUCGGAAGGCGAAACUUUUCAAAUUUUAGACACCAUUUUGUCAAUUUUUGAAGAAGAGGAUUGCAAUUCCUUCUGUUUUUCGAAUCUCUUGUAAAAAGAUACUCACUUUCUUCGUUUCGCGAGGUUUUAAUUCGACAAGAAACGUGUUUCAACGUUUCGUUUAAUCGCCAGGAUGUAAAAGGCAUCCUGAUUUAAUAUUCGAAAGGAUCAGUGAAUAUAUCGAGCGUAAGAUCAGACAGACUUUAACAUACGUUCUCAAAUGAUGUCCUGUAACUCGACAGUAAAAGGAUUUUAUACCUAUCUGUUAAAAAAAAAAACAAAAAACAGAAUAUUCGCUUGCAAAUACAUACAUGCCGUCGACACGACAUUUUUUAAUAAAAUUGCACCGAAUAUACGAGAAA